GGAUGGGGGGGAUCGAACGAACCCUUCGAUCCCCCCUGGCUACGGGCCUGACAAUUUCUCUGUCCCACUUUCACGACCGGGGGGGCUGGACACCUGUCCAGGAGACGGAUGCACUCCUCGGGGACCACGACUACGCUUCUGCUCCGGACCCCGCUGCUGUCGACUUGGUUCUGGAAGAAAACCUGCUUUUUAGAGAGGAGAUCCUCCAGCUGAAGAAACAAAUAGAGCAGCUUACUCUGGAGCAUCGCUUUGGCAUUCACCGCUUUGCUGGCUCAGACAGUGACAUUCGCUUUUACAGGAAAGAUGUGGUUUGGAUCCUAUGACCUCCUCAUGCGCUUCUGGGCCUUAAUAGAGCCCUCUCUGCCAUCUAUGGUUAGUGUCACACCAGCACAGAGAGGCACCUUUGAGCCAAGUUCCACUGUGUCUCGUUACCUGCAGCCCAUAGAUGAGAUGUUCAUGUUUCUGAACUAUCUUGCACUGCGUUUAAAACAGCAUGACCUUGCCGACCGGUUUGGGGUCCACCAGUCCACAGUCAGUCAGAUUAUUACAACAUGGAGCAACUUUCUAUAUGCUGUGCUGGGGUCAGUGAGAAUCUGGAUGGCAGUGGAAAAAAUAAGGGAACAUCUGCCAGCAGAGUUCAAGGACUAUGCAGACACUACAGUUAUCCUGGACUGCACAGAGCUGAGGUGCCAGUGCCCAUCUUCACCUCUUCUUCAAAGUGAAGUAUUUUCUGUGUACAAGUCCCAUUGUACACUUAAAGGGCUGCUUGGUGUUGCUCCUCAUGGGGCUGUCACAUUUAUCUCUCCACUGUAUGCUGGAUCCAUCAGUGACAAACAGAUCAUGAGAGAGUCUGGAAUUCUCUCCCUGUUGAGACCUGGGAUGGCCAUCAUGGUCGAUCGAGGAUUUCUUGUUGGUGACUUUGUGCCAUGUAAAAUCUACAGGCCUCCAUUUCUGUCUGGAAGAUCCCAGAUGCCUGUUGGUGAGGUCAGGGAGACCCAGGCCAUUGCCCGCCUUAGGGUGCACGUGGAGCGCCUUCCUCUCCGGCUUUUUGGCAACAUUAAUCAGCUCUAUACUGUAGCAUGUCUGCUGACAAACUAUGAAAAUGGGCCUCUUGUAAAGGCUUGGACAAAAAAGCAAGGCUCAACAUCUGCUGGGCUUUUUUGAAGGUGGAAAUGUUUAGUUUCUUAUCACAGAGGAUGUAAUGUAAAUAGCAUAAAUCUGCAUGUAUAUAUGUAUAUAUUUUUCAAUGAAAUAUGGUUUAAUGCAUUGUGACCGAAUGCUGAUUUACUGCAAUAAAUUCACUGUUCAGUUUAACUAGUACAA